AUGGCUCCAAAGAAAGUCGCCACCAGGAAGUCUUCCUCGAAAUCGACUCCGGACAAACAUUCUCUCCAUUACAAAACUCUGUUGCGGCGGAGAAGCAAUAUUCUUGGUUCGGCGGAACUCAUUCAGAAAUUCUAUACGGAAUUUACACCGGACCAGACAAAUCAAGUGGCAAUUAGGAUCACACACCUCGAUGACCUCUGGGAAAAGUUCGAGUGUGUUCAGGAGGAAAUCGAGGUACUCGAGAAUGAAGUGGAGAGUUUUUCGGAUACCCGGUUGCAGUUCCAAACAAUGUACUACGAGCUGAAGGCAGCGCUGCUAACCAUUCUGCCACAAACCACAACAGAGCAAAAUCCCAUCGUAACAGCUGUAGGACAUCAGCCUCUUGCUAACCACACACUAUCGGUGAAACUUCCUGAACUUCGCAUUCCGGAAUUUAGAGGAAAUCCGGAGGAGUGGAUUGAAUUUAGAGACCUUUUUAAAUCGGUGAUCCACACUAAUACUAAUCUUUCGGGAGUACAAAAGAUGCACUAUCUGCGCAGCUCCCUCAAGGGCGAAGCUGCCCGGCUAAUAGCUUCGUUUGCGAUAACAUCAGACAACUAUGCGCUCGCGUGGAAGACUAUCACCGAUCGUUAUGAAAAUGUCAACUUUCUCGUGAAGCAACAUAUGUCGGCGAUUCUAAAAAUCCCUUCCGCGCGCAAGGAUUCCGCUGCUAGUCUAGCUGAGGUUGCAGACGAAUUCAAUCGUCAUGUUGGUAUUUUGGACAAGCUGGAAGAACCGGAGAGUCACUGGAACUCCUUUCUAGUGGAACGACUGAGCAGUCUACUGGACGAAAAAUCGCUGUUGGAAUGGGAGAACAGGUGUAAGGACGAAGAAGCACCUCAGUAUAGUGACUUGCUAGAGUUUAUCCAUAAAAGAUCGCGUACGCUGCAAAAAUGCAAGAUCGUUAGUGGUACGCCCUCUACAGGCUUUAACUCUAAAAUGAAUAAGGGAAAACCGUUUUCGUCUCAUGUGGCCUCCGACAAUGUUCCAAGAUGCCCAGGAUGUAAACAGCCACAUAUGGUAACCCAAUGCGAAACCUUCCUUAGGCAAACACCCAACAAACGCCUUGAAUUUGCAAAAACUCAUCGCUUAUGUAUAAAUUGCUUGCGCGGUGGGCAUAUGGCCAGGGAUUGUAACAGCAGUCUGUGCAGAACGUGUGCUAAAAAACACCACACUUUGCUGCACCUACCACCAUUAGCAACGGUACCACACGGAGAGGAAAAGCAUUCGUCAGCUGUCACCCAAGCAGCAACGGCUAUCUGUACAAAUGAGGAGCACAGCACUUCGCCGUUGGUAGUGGAGGAACAAUCGCAUAUGUCACCUGCCAAUCGUGUCGCAUUAGAACCAGCUUGCUCGUAUCACCCACAUGGAAAUGUUACGACUCUUACUGAAUCCAAUGAGCGCCAGGAUAACGUCGUCUUUCUAUCAACAGCUGUUGUUGGUAUUCAGGAUAUCAGUGGUAAAACUCAUCAUACCAGAGCCUUGUUGGAUAGUGGAUCUCAAUCCAAUUUUAUUUCGGAGGCACUGUGUCAACGUUUGGGCUUGAAGCGCUCGCGAAUCAACCUUCCCAUUAGCGGUAUAGGCCAGGCCGCUGUCACUGUACACCAUAGAGUGGAUACCAUUAUUGUUUCUCGUUUUGGCACAUUCGAACAUCCGUUGAACUGCUUGGUGCUGCCAAAGUUGACAGUUUGUUUGCCUAGUCAACAUGUGGAUGUGUCUCGCUGGAAAAUUCCCCCCAACAUACCAUUAGCGGACCCAAGAUUUAAUAUCAGCCGUGGAGUUGACCUGAUUAUUGGAGCGGAACUGUUUUAUACCCUUAUCGAACCGCAUCAGUUCAUUCUUGCUAAUGAAUUUCCUCUGUUGCAGAAAACUCUUCUGGGCUACGUAGUUUCAGGCAAACUCGCUACAACGGAUAAGAAUAAGGUGGUGUGUCACGUCGCAAUGGAACAAGAUUUGAAUAUUCAAUUGGAGCGGUUGUGGGAGAUCGAAAAUUUCGACAUCGGAAAAUCGCCAUCUCAGGAAGAGCAAGAAGUCGAAUCCCAUUUUCGUGAUACAGUGUCCAGAGAUAAGGAUGGACGUUACAUCGUUCGGCUGCCAUUUCGAGAAAAUAUGAUAUCCCUAUUAGAGGACUCUUAUACACCAGCAUUGCGGCGAUUCCUGAUGAUGGAGCGACGAUUUGCGGGAAAUGUGCGUUUACGUGAAGCCUAUACACAGUUCCUGGAAGAUUACGAGCAGUUAGGACAUAUGGAGGAAUGUUCACGUAUUGUAGGCCCGCAGUUUUUUCUCCCCCACCAUGCCAUUCUUCGUCCCGAGAGUAGCACGACAAAAAUUCGCGUCGUCUUUGAUGGUAGCAGUAAGGGAGCAGGCAAGCUUUCGUUGAAUGAUAUUCUCCACAGUGGUCCUACAGUGCAACCUCCUUUGCUGGCUACUGUGAUCAAUUUUCGGAUGCCUCGAUUUGUUUUCACGGCAGACGCAGAAAAAAUGUUCAGGCAGGUCUGGGUGCAUCAAGAAGACCGCAAGUUCCAACAAAUUAUUUGGCGAAAGGAUCCGUCCGGACCACUGAAGUAUUACCAACUGAAAACCGUUACAUAUGGUCUGUCUAGUUCACCCUAUCAUGCUGCCAGGGUCUUAAAUCAACUUGCGGAAGACGAGGGUCAAAAUUUUCCUCGGGCUGCACAAAUUGUUACUAAGCGAAUUUACGUUGACGAUGUUUUAGCUGGUGGCGACGACAUUGAGGAGGUCGCAGCAGAUUGUGCCGAGCUGUGUAAUUUGCUUUCGCUUGGCGGAUUCUCACUAAGGAAGUGGUGUUCAAAUGACUUAGCAGCAUUGAAGCAUGUUCCCCAAGAGCUGUGGGAGGUUGCUUCAGAGUUGGAGAUUGGACGUGCAGAAGGAUUGAAAACUCUUGGCCUCUUGUGGCACCCUCUGUCGGACCAACUGGCCUUCAAAAUUCCAGCGCUGGCGACGACGGACAUCGUGACCAAACGUUUGGUGGUAUCGGAAAUGUCAUCGCUUUUUGACCCGCUCGGAUUAGUCGGACCAGUUGUAGUUAGCGCCAAAAUAUUCGUGCAACGUCUCUGGGUGAAAAAUAUUGGCUGGGAUGAAGAGGUUUCCGAGGAAGAUCGGAUUUGGUGGUUAGGAUUCCGCCAAGAAUUAAUACAGCUUCAGCAACUAAAGAUUCCUCGACGCAUCGUAGGGAACAUCAACCGAGAGUAUACACUACACUGUUUCUGCAACGCCUCCACGAAAGGGUACGGUUGCUGUAUCUAUGUUACGGGCCCAGACAUGGAGGGACAGCUGAUAACGCGACUACUCAUUUCGAAAUCUCGAGUCGCACCUGUACGACCAUUGACAAUUCCUCGUCUAGAGCUUUGCGCUGCUUUAUUAGGAAGUCAGUUGAUGGAAAAGGUUCGAACUACUACAGACUUCACUGGAACUGCAACGUUUUGGACGGACUCGACGAUUGUACUCCAUUGGAUUCGCUCCCCUCCUGCAAUUUGGAAGGUUUUUAUCUCUAAUCGGAUCGCUGAGGUACAACAACUCACCAAAGGAUGCGAAUGGAGACAUGUACCAACUUUCCAAAACCCAGCCGAUCGUGUGUCUCGUGGGACACGUCCUAGCCAGAUUUUGAAUGACACAUUGUGGUGGCAUGCUGCUAGUUUUCUUUCGAAUAUGGUCGAACCCUGGCCAAUCAUAUUGCCAAGUCUAUCUGCACCAACACAGAGAACAUUAAAUACUGAACGACGGGAAAUGGUCGUAUUAACAACAGUCACGAUCGAAGAUGGUUUGUUUGAGCGGUACUCGGAGCUUGGAAGGUUGCUGAGAGUUGUGGCUUGGUGUAUAUGUUUUUUCAACAAUUGUCGGAUCUCAAAGCAACAACGCAUCAUCGAACGUCUACAUUCUAAGGAUAUUGAAGGUGCUUUGAAAAGACUAGUUCGACUAUGCCAGGCAACUACAUUUCCCCAAGAAAUUCGUCAGUUUGAAUUGAAUAACAUUCGACCUAACCACACUGUUGUUUUGGGAAAUAAUUCGCCUCUCAAAAACAUGAAUUUGAUACUGGACGAACAUGGAUUGCUGCGACUUGAUAGUCGUUUAAAAAACCUCAAGGACACGUUCGACCGCAGGUAUCCAAUGGUGUUACCGGCACAUCAUCGUUUCGGGGAAUUGAUAGCGCGAUCAUUGCAUCUUCAGACGGCACACUCCGGCCCGUCAUUAUUAUUGGCAACUAUUCGACAAAGAUUUUGGCCGCUUCGAGGCCGAGAACUUACUCGCAGGACAGUGAGAAAAUGCAUCACAUGUUUUCGCUGCAAUCCAGCACCUUCACAACAACAGAUGGCUCCACUUCCAUCGGUUCGAGUAACUCCUGCUCGUGUCUUCUCAAAGUCCGGUUUGGACUACUGUGGGCCGUUCAAUGUGCGUCCGUUAGUUGGGAGAGAUGCCAACGUUAAAAUGUAUGUUGCGGUUUUUGUAUGCAUGGCGGUGAAAGCAGUGCACUUCGAGGUCGUUCCCGAUUUAACAUCCGCCGCAUGCAUAAAUGCAAUUAAACGGUUCGUAUCUCGUCGUGGGCGUUUGACUGAGUUGCAUUGUGAUAAUGGUACUGCGUUCGUUGGUGCUGAUCGCGAGAUGCAGGACUUACGCAGACGCUACAGACAACAGUUCCAGACAGAUCACUGGGAGAACUACUGCCUUGAGUCGGGAAUCACAUUUCAUUUUAUCCCGGCUCGGUCUCCGCACUUCGGGGGACUCUGGGAGGCCGGAGUAAAGUCUUUUAAGUUCCAUUUCCGCCGUAUCUUUGGUGGUCGAUCGUUCACAGCAGAUGAAUUGAUGACAGCAGCAGUUCACAUCGAGAGCAUACUCAAUUCUCGGCCUCUCACCCCCCUGACAGACCAUCCAGAUGAUCUAGCGGUGUUAACUUCAGGACACUUCCUUAUCGGGGAACCAAUGUUUUCGAUGCCCGAACCCGAUUGCACCGAUCUCAAGGUCACGCGAUUAUCACGUUUCCAGGAAAUGCGUCGUACUGUUCAAAAUUUCUGGAAAUGUUGGUCCAGGGAUUACCUCGGUCAGCUGCAUCAACGCGCGAAAUGGAAGAACCCCAAUGACAACAUUCAGCUAGGUGCACUUGUGUUGUUGAAGCAGGAUAAUCUACCACCAUUUCUAUGGAACCUUGGUCGGGUAGUAAAGACUUUUGCAGGCGACUCUGGAUUGGUGCGUGUUGUUUUGGUGAAAACCGCUCGAGGACUUUACAAGCGAGCAAUUACGGAAGUCCGUCAUCUCCCAAUAGAAAUAGCUGAUGACUCAGGCAGUUAUUCGAAUGUCUCAGCAGACUAUCAAGAGCAAUAG